AUGAUUGUAGCGUCACUGGUUUUUAGUAUUGCGCAAACGAUAGCGGCAUCUAUCGCGGUUGGGAAUGGGCUGGGACGACACCAAGAUACCCUCUCUGAUGACAAUAUUAUAUCCUUUCAAAAGUCUUACUAUGCGGCAAAUAUCCUUUUCGUAGCGAGCCAGGCUUUCUCUAAACUCUCCGUUAUCUUUUUCAUCAGAGUUAUAUCGCCCAUUAAUUUCCACAGAAUCUUAACGUGGAUACUCACUGGGGCUACGCUUGCCUGGGCGUUGACCUCGAUAUUGGUAUUAAUAUUCCAGUGCGAUGCGCCGGAGACGUGGGCAAUUCUUGGGGACGAGUGCAUAGAUCAAAAUGCAAUGUGGGAUUAUAUCAACGUGGUCGAUAUCGUGCUCGAUUUCUUUCUAAUAUGGUUACCAUUUGUGGUCGUGUGGAAACUACAGACUCAUUUACAGCGCAAGAUUGCAGUCAUAUCGUGCUUUGCGACCCGAAUCUUGACUAUCGCCGCGCUUAUUUGGCAGAUGAUAGAGUCUCAAACUGUAUCUAACCACCAAGACGCUACAUUUGCAUACUGGCUCAUUGGUGUUGCAAUGACACUAGCACAAAACCUGGGCAUCAUGACUGCCAGCGCACCAUAUUUAAAACCGUUCCUAGACAGCCUAGAAUCUGGAAUGAUCCGAAGCGACGACCUUCGUCGCCGUGGAAAUAUUACGGGAAAGUCGUAUGGGUACGGACGAAAGCAAGAUGGCUCCGGCGCAUCUAAAUCUACGCAUUCUACAUCGCACGAGUUGGGAAACCUUGGGAUCGCAAACUCCCAAGUAACUACUUCGGUCACCGUUGGAACAGCGCACACCACACCUGAUUGGGAUGCUAGCAGCCGUUCUAGCCAGGCGAAGCUCAUCAAGCAAGUUAAGAGCUGGGGGGUUACGAGUUCACCGACCCCGGCGGGCGAAUAG